UCGUAUCCAAAAAAGUCGUUGAAAACACUGAAGUUGAAGCAGGGGAAAAGCAGUCGUUGUGUGCACAGAAAUCGGCCAUGGAAGGAGGCGCACAGUAUAAUCCUCGCACUGUGGAGGAAGUUUUGAAGGAUUUGAAAGGCCGUCGUGCCGGUUUGAUCAAAGCCCUUACCACUGAUGUGGAGGAAUUUUAUCAACAGUGUGACCCUGAAAAGGAAAAUCUUUGCCUCUAUGGAUUUCCAAGCGAGCAAUGGGAAGUCAAUUUGCCAGCUGAGGAGGUGCCUCCUGAGCUUCCAGAGCCAGCACUAGGUAUAAACUUUGCCAGAGAUGGGAUGCAGGAAAAGGACUGGUUGGCCCUAGUUGCUGUUCACAGUGAUGCAUGGUUGCUCUCUGUUGCCUUUUAUUUUGGUGCCAGAUUUGGUUUUGACAAAGCUGAUAGGAAACGCCUGUUCAAUAUGAUAAAUGAGCUGCCAACAAUUUAUGAAAUUGUCACUGGAGCUGCCAAGAAGCAAGUAAAAGAUAGAUCAUCAUCAGUCUCUAAUCAUAGCAGCAACAAAUCCAAGUCAAACUCUAAAUUGGGUAAAUACGCAAAGGUUGAAGUAAAAGAUGAGGAAGAUGGAUUAGAUGAAGAGGAGGAAGAGCAUGGUGAUACCCUCUGUGGGGCAUGUGGCGAGAACUAUGCUUCAGAUGAAUUCUGGAUUUGUUGCGACUUAUGUGAGAGGUGGUUCCAUGGGAAUUGUGUGAAGAUCACACCUGCGAAGGCUGAGCAUAUAAAGCAGUACAAAUGUCCAUCAUGCAGCAACAAGAGGCCACGCCCUUGACAUCCUGUUGAAUUCCACCAUUAUAUUUGUCUCAUGUAGGACUCAGCAUACUGUCACAUUACGUACAUCAACAUAUGGCAUGUUCAUCCAAAUCUGGUUGUUGCUCUUUGUUUUUUGGAUAAUGUACUAGAUAAAAUUGCUAGGGUACUCCUCCAUUUGACUCUAAAUUGGAGGAGGUAGGGAUGUUCUUGUAGCUAGGAAAGAAUCUUUCUGUGAUUAAUGCUAACUUGUGUAAAAUUUAGCUGUUGAACCCUGAUGUUUGAUUUUGAAAAAUUGUGUUAAUCUUGCUGGUAUGAAUCGAUUGUGUGGUUA